CAGAGGGGACCUUUACGGGCGUAGAAGCUGGGCGGCUAGUUCAAGUUGCCAUAGCUGCGAGUCCGAGGAGAACCGAGUCAGUUGCGCUGCAGCGUCUGGUCAGUUGUACCUUCUGGGUCAUUGGUAGCCGCCGGAGCCGGUUGGGCCUACAGCGAUGAUCCGGCAUUGAGGACUCGGGGCCUCUUCCAUCUCAGGUGGUUUGGGGAAAGUAUAGGGGCCACCAAAGAUCACCACAUCUACUGACUAGGCCCUUUGCCUUGAAUCUCAUGAAGAAAUGAUAGGAGGCAGACGUAUGUGCAUAAGGAGAGCACUGAGCUCAGAGGAGAGCAACACGGAGUUUUGGGGGUGUGCUUUGAUUUAUGUACAUCAAUGGCGGAAUCUUCCAGCGAUUCAGACAAUGUCCGCCGUCGUGACCAUUUGAGUCAAUGGGCUACCAGGUCAACUCACAGGGGAAUGCAAAAUCAUACUACUGCAGACGUCACCAGAAAGGUCAACACUAUAACAAGUACUUUACAGGACACCAGUCGGAACUUACGACAAGUGGACCAGAUGCUUGGACAAUAUCGAGAGUAUAGUAAUGGACAGGCGGGUGCUAUAGAACAUCUUCAUGCUUUGCAUCAGUCCCUCCGAGACCUCAGCAAUGAACAAGUUCGCCUUGGAGAUGAUCUCAACCGGGAAUUCUCAAGAAGAAGCCGUUCAGAUGCUGAAACAAAAAGGGCUUUGGAAGAAUUAAAUGAAAAACUUAAUGAAGCCCAGAGACCAGAAGUGGUUUCAGCUCGGGUAGAGCGGCGACUUCAUGAAAUAGAAAAAGAGAUGCGCACAGAAAGAGAGCUAGUGGAAAAACGUCAGGAUCAACUGGGACUUAUGUCCUUGCAGCUACAGGAGGCAUUGAAGAAACAAGAAGCUAAAGCCGAUCAGAAUGAGGGAGUGAUGAAAAAUAAACUAAAACAAGCUGAAGCUGAGAAAAGUCAACUUGAACAGGAGCUGGAGCUAUCUCGGAGGUUAUUGAAUCAGUCAGAAGGCAGCAGAGAAACGCUUAUGCAUCAGAUAGAAGAACUACGCAUACAACUAAUGAAAGCAGAAAGUGAUCAAAAGGGCUUACAACAGAUUUCCAAGCAACAUUCAAACCAUCAGGAUGAACAACGAGAUGAUGGGAGGUUUAGGAGAGGCAUUGAGCGGGGAAAACAGGAUCUAGAGAAGCAGAUAUCAGAUUUGCGAGUGCAGUUGAACUUCAACACAAUGGCAUCUGAGUUAGAGGAAGUGAAGCGAUGCAUGGAGCAAAAAGACAAGGAGAAAGCACAUUUUGCAGCACAAGUAGAGAAUUUAACUUGUGAAUUGGAAGAAAGGGAAAAACAGCAACAGCAGAUGUUGGAUCGACUCAAGGAGAUCCAGAGUCAUUUUGAGACGUGUGAGGCUGAGCAUAAGUGUGCUGACCUCCAGAUCUUACAGCUGACUCACCAUGCAGAGGAUGCAACCAAGCAGGCAGAGUGCUACCUCAGUGAGUUCCAGCAGUCAGAGGCCCUGAGAGAGGAGGCAGAGAAGAGGAGAGAACAGCUGAAACUGAAAGCUCAGGAAUCCAUUAGGCAGUGGAAGCUUAAGUAUAAAAAAUUAGAGCGAGAAUUGGAGAAACAAUCGGAUGCGCUUAAUCAACUGACAGACAAGAAUAAUCAGGUUCUAAAGGAAAAGGAUGAAUUGAAGAGUCAGCUUUAUGCAGCAUUACAACAAAUAGAGAAUCUUCGAAAGGAAUUAAAUGAUGUCUUAACCAAGCGUGCCCUUCAAGAGGAAGAGCUUCACUGUAAGGAAAAGAAACUAAGUGAUGUUAAGUCUCAUCAAGCAGACCUUGAACUAGAAGUCAAGGGUUCUCUGGACACUAUACAUAGUCUAGAAAGUGAAUUGAAAAAGCAGAGUAAGAUUCAAAGCCAGAUGCAAGUUGAGAAAACUCAUCUGGAGGAAGAAAUUGCAGAGCUAAAGAAGAGCCAGGCCAAAGAUAAAGCUAAACUUCUUGAGAUGCAAGAGUCUAUCAAGGACUUGAGUGCCAUCCGAGCAGAUCUUGCUAAUAAAUUGGCUGAAGAAGAGAGAGCCAAGAAAGAUGUGCUUAAGGACCUCUCUGAGCUCAGGACACUUGAGAAAUCCAGGGAUGAAGAAACAGCUACAAUCAUCAAGCAGUUAAAGCUAGAGCGAGAUGUUCACCAGAGGGAGCUGGAAGAUCUUACAUCAUCAUUGCAGAGCGUGAAAACUAAACAUGAACAAAAUAUCCAAGAGCUGAUGAAGCACUUUAAGAAAGAAAAGAGUGUGGCCGAGAAUCAUAUCAGGACACUGAAGGCGGAAAGCUUAGAAGAUAAGAAUAUGGCAAAAGUCCAUUGUUCCCAGCUGGAGAAAUUGAAAUCACAGUGUGAGAAGCUGACAGAGGAAUUAACCCAAAAUGAGGAUGAGAACAGAAAACUGAAGCUGAAAUAUCAGUGUUUGAAGGAACAACUAGAAGAAAAGGAAAAACGUAUCUGCAACGAAGAAGAACAGUUAAGGAGGAUGGAAGAGGCCAGAUUGCAGCUCAAAGAUCAACUUCUCUGUCUGGAAACUGAACAGGAAUCCAUUCUUGGUGUGAUAGGAAAAGAAAUAGAUACAGCUUGUAAAACCUUCUCCAGGGAUUCAAUGGAGAAAUUGAAAUUUUUUUCAUCUGUCUCUGAUACACAUUAUGACCCACAUCGCUGGUUAGCAGAAAGCAAGACUAAACUUCAGUGGCUCUGUGAGGAAUUGAAAGACAGAGAAAACAGAGAGAAAAAUCUACGGGAACAGCUAAUGCUGUGCAGACAACAACUCAAGGAUCUCACUGAGAGCAAAGAAUCUGAGCUCCAGUAUCUCUUUGAACAGAUAGAAAGACAGGAACAACUUCUGGAAGAAAUACACUGGGAGAAGAGAGAUCUGCUGGAGGAGACUCAUAGAAAAGAUGAAGAAAUGGAAUCUCUGCAGGACCGUGUAAUUACCUUAGAAACGAGUACCCGAGCGGCCUUGGACCAUCUGGAGUCUGUGCCUGAGAAACUGAGCUUACUACAAGAUUUCAAAGACUUCAGAGAUUCCCGUAGUUCAUCUGAGAGAACUGAUGGGAGACAUUCUAAAUACAAAGGGCAGAGAGAUCCUCUUCAGCUACAUCGAGAUGAUGCCAAGUACAGAAUCAAAAGCUUCAAAGAUGAUGGAAUCAUUGCUGAAGAUUCCUAUGCUCAUGGGUUAAGCCAUUCAUCCUCCUGGCAGGAUCACAGUAACUUUCUGUCUAGUCCACGAUUUUCUCACUUGAACUCGUUUACCAAAAGAACAGUUCUUCCAAAUUCAGCUUCAAUCAAAGAAGAUGCCACCAGUUUAACAAUGAGUAGAAGAAGUCCACAAUCCAAAAAGGAGGAAUAUGAGAGCAGAAAAAGCAAAAUUAUGAGUACCAUCACAUCCCUGAUGUAUCUCAGCCUUGAUGAUGGAUAGUACCUGUGAUGGUUAGGCUCAUGUGUCAAC